AUGGAUAAUACUUCCAAGCCUAUCCCAAGCCUAUCUAGCACUAUUGAUUCGGGAUCUGAAACGGUUACUGCACAGACUAUAUCUCGGUUGGUUCAACAAUCAUUAAGCUUACAGAAUGAAAUCGAGCAGCUAUUUAACGAAUACGAAUCAAACAAUAAGGAUAUCAGGUUAGAUGUAGAUGACUUUUGUGAAAUUUAUGAAACUUCGUUGGGUAACAUAACCAUGAGUUGA